CAUAAGGCAAUAAAGUUCAAGUUCAAGUUCAAGUUCAAGUUAAACUUUUCCUCCUCCUGCGCCCUGGGCCCCUGUGGGCCGAACACUGGGGCAGCUCCAUGCUUCACGCGAUGAUGCUGCCAGAAUCCCACCCUACUGUGUCAAAAACAAUAUCCCCCGGAUGCCAGAGAAAUGGUGUAGCUUAUCUUGUAAACAUUGGUCUUUCAUGUGUGAGGCACAAGGCUGGGCUUCCAGCAGCAGGUGUGUUAGUCUUCUCUGCCAUCUGUGUGGUGUUUUGAUGCAGCUGUUUAGCUGUUUAUUCGUUCACUUUCACAAAUACGUGCACACCAGUACACGUGCGCUAUGCUUUUUAUGCUUGUAUAAUGAUGUCAACAACUGUUUGUCUUGACUCUGGUGAGAACUGUUUUUCAGAUGUGAAGCGCUGUGUAAGAGAAGAAACAGACUUCUGUCAAGCAAACGGGUUACUGACCUGACUUCCAUUUCAAUGGCUGUUGUUCCUGGCUGGGCAGAGUAAGGUUGGGAAAGAUGGAGCCAGGCCAGGGCAGGGUGGAGAGCUAUUGAUUUUCUUUUGAUGAAAUCCAGGAGUCUUUGGUAUUUGCUUCCUUGGGUUUACAAAGCUAGAAAUCAACUCCCCCCCUCCUCUGCCCAUCUGCCUGUCCUGUCUGUGGUAGCUCUGUGUCUGUGAGCAGGGGUCUCUGCUGGAGGAGACGCUGACCCAGGGGGGCGUCCCUGUGCAGGGCCAGACUGCAGCUGAGCCGUUACGAGCCGCAGGUGACGACACCGGGGGGCGUCUGCAGUCUGGCUCUUGUUUUGUUUUUUUAUUUUUAACGAGUCUUUCUUACUGUACAACACUGUAAUCCCCGCUCAGUGCAUAUUCAUCUUGCGGAAUACAAAUGAGAGCCGCUUGCUAUUAAAAGAAGAGCCCUUAACCUCAGCUGCAGAGCUGUCUGUAUUUGGUCCUCAAUUCUUCUUUGUUGGUGCAAAAUAAUGCCAGCAGAGACGCACUGCCUGCAUUGCUGGGGAUCCUGCAAAUUAAUGUCGGCAUCAUCUACCACAGUCAUACAGCACUGCGUUGGGAGGCAUAUUUCAGAACAGGGAGAGCUACUGGUGGAACCUCUAACCCUGUCUUGGUUAGCAGGUGGCUGGUGAGACUGCUGCAUUCCUGAUUCAGUUUCCCCAGACGACCUGCACACAAUCUCUUCCACACUGCAAGGACAGCAGAAUGCCCAAGAGGCUCCUUGUUUGUCCCAGAGAAGGGGGAGGCUAUAGGCUGCUGAGAUAAAAACAGCCUGAUGCCCCUUCAUCACCAUGAAAGGUUUUGAUGCCAAUAAUGGGCAGUUCUCCCAUUAUUGUACUGCAUGUGAGCUGCAAAUGUGCUUUUUCACAGUCUGCGUCUGGCUUCAUCACCCCCAAGGAACACAGGAACCUUUUGGAACAGGUGGAUAAAAUUAGUCAGUGCCGGUGACCCCCUCCGACUUACUCCUUCUCCAGCUGGUCCACGGGCUUCUCUGAGAAUGCUGGGGCCCGGGAAAGGUGGAAGUGGGCCAGCACAGCUGCAUCAGAGUAAACAAAGUCAGAAAGCAGAAUCUGAAAAAAACAGACCUGAAAUCAGCUCUCUCACUCCGUGUCCCUGACCCACAUUUUAAUGCAGAUGCGUGUUCUUCCUGGAAUCCAUAUGUCAGCUGCAGGCAGCCCGUGCGGUGGUGGAGCAGACAUUCGGGCCGUGACUUACUGUCAGAGCCGCUCCCUUGUCCUGCUCUGACAGGUAAGCUUGUGCCUGUCCACCCGGACUUGCGGGUUUCCUCAUCCGCCUGUCUGUGACGAGUGGAGGACACGGCUUGUUUCUCGUGCUGCAGGACAGCCUCCUCUCUGUCUCUCUCAGGUCUCCAAACUGCAACUGCCCCUUGAGAAGACAGCAGGGCCAUCUUUAAACUUCCUGCUGCAUCGCAAAAUGUUUUCCUACUACCUGUGAAUAAACUCAACUUAACACUUGAAGGGAAAAUAAUGGUAUCAUCAUUUUACAUUUCCAAACCUACCUAAUUUCUUUGGUAAUUUGCACUUUCUAAACCUGAAGUGUGAAAACUAACCUCAUGGUUUUGUUUCAGUCUGCAUAGUCAAUUAAACAAUUAACCUAAUUAAUUUCCUUCGCAACACGAAAAUACAUUUUUUACAACUGGUUACUCUAAACAUUCACUUCAUGAAUUGCUCGGUUACCUAUAACACACCUGGGGGCCUGGUUAGAAGCACAGUAUCAAAGCGACCAAUUAAUUCAAUAAUUAGACCAGCUGUGUCACUGUGCGCCCGGGGGAGGAGGGGACAAAACCCGGAACAGCGGCGGGGGCCCCAGGAUCUGAGCCCGUGAAGCGAAACCUCUCUCCGGACAAGGGAGCACCAGAAGGAAGAGUGUGGAGGAUGUCCCAGGCACUGCUCAUGAGUCACUGACGGGUUUGGGAAGCCGAGCCUCAGUAUGGAAAGAGCCUGCACUGCUGGAUCAAGGGGCGGUGUGUGAAUCAGGGCUGCUGUGUGGAUACUGUCACAGGGGGACUGUGAACAGAGAACAAAAGCCUCAUCCUGCACAGCCCAGACCCGCCCAAACCAGCUUCGAAGCUGCUCCCUCAGUGUGUGGGAUAUGAACAGUCUUGAAACACCCAGGGGGAGUGGAGGAACUCCUAAAGGCACAUUAUCUAUGCUGAGCCCUGUUCUAAAAAUGCAAAAUGUGCAUUCAAGUAUGAACUCCCAACCAAACCGCUUGCAGAGAUUGUAGGGACAUAGGUAAGUAUUCUAAAAAAGUCUGGGUUUUGUUGAAACCCAGCUAGUAAAUGGAAGCCAGCUGAUUUAAAAAACAAAGUGACUAAACAACCACCCUUCUCUCCCCUAGGCUUCUCAGUCUGUCUUCAGCCAGUGUUAGUCUUCCUUAGUCAUGCUGUGAAUCACAGGGCGUGAAGUGCAGAUCCCAAGUGGCUGUGCAGUACCAUUGCUGUCCUCGCACCUGGGUUACCUGCAGCUCAACUGUCUUUUUUCUUUCAGUAUGUGGGCAAUAAGAGCCGCCGGGAGCUCGGCUCAGGCGGCCUGGUCAUUCCUGCAAGUGUCUAGGAGCACAGUCAGCUCUCCCUCAGACACACACGCAGUGCCAUGUGCUCCAACUUCCCUGCCCUCCCACCAGCUGGGCCCCUGGUGCUGGCAGAGCUGGGCAACCGAGGUGACAAAUCUAUCUGCAUCGUCUGCUGGCCGGCAGGAGGUCUGUGAGUCCCCCAUGUUCUCUCACAGAGACUGGAGACCACGCAACAGCCUUCUCUCAUGGUACUGCAGAGGGAAAGAAAGGACCAGCACAACAAAACAGGACAAGAUGGACAACAUUCUUGUUUACCUCUUGGGUGACAGUUGUUAAAAUUGACAUUUUUCAUUCUUCUUCAGCACUCUUUGGUCUGGGGACUGUGUCUUUGGGACAGGUUCCAGGUGCAGGCAGGCGAGGGUCUGUAACCAUCCUUAAAAAUAGUUGUAUUACGCUAUUUUGUUCCUCAGAAGCAGACUGGCUUCUCCAGAAGCUGAUGAUGCUGCUUUUUGAAAGUGGUGGGCUGUGUUCACGAGAACGAUUCUGUCUUGUUAUAUUUUGCCGAUUUUGCGUUCCGCUAUCUUACGGAAGGUGGGCUGUGUGCAGGUGCGGCUGAAGUCUGAGCACAGCGCCACCCGCAGGGCUCCCUCUGAAAAGCAGGACACCUGAAGAGAAACUGUGACAUUGUGGCUGUUAUGAGUGUUUCGGGUCAGGUCUGGGAUCAGGCCUCUUUGGGUCUGAUGGGAGCUGCCCCUGAACUGGUGAGAUGAGGCCUUUGCCAGAGAUUGAAGGGUUUUAAAAUAUGGUGACACAUAUCCAUGAAAAAGCCCAGCUCCCAUUCCUCCCCUGCAUGCUGAGUGGAAGCUGAUGUAGAGUAACAAUGCUUUUCCCCGGAGUCUGUAUCAGACAGAUGAAGCUGGGAUCUCCUUUACCGCAGGUCUUCUGGUCGUCCACUGAAAGUAUGCUAUGCUUUUCAGCUGCUCUCAUGAGGGGCAGCUACCUCUGAUACCUCUGCCCCUUAUUCCCCUAAAACUGUCCCAGCCAAGUGCUCUCAGCAGCCUCAUUCAGAUAAACCUGUCCCCCCUUCACUGCGGCGCUGUAAGUGAUGAAGACUGCAGGGGCACAGGCCUGCCGUGUCUUCUUCACAGCGGUGAGACUGACAGACAGCUGUUCUUCCUCUCGCUCUCUUUCCUUCCCAAACUGCGCCAGCUUUUCUCUUCCUUUCUUCUCUUUUCAAACUCCUUUCUUGCUGGCGACAAAGGAGACAGAAAUGCAUUGAAUUUUUCUUGGCUGGUACUAGCUUUCAAAGAGUCAAGGACAGUAAUGAAUAAAAAUAUUAAUUAGUAAAAAAAACCCCUAGGAUACAAGCAAAUAUUAUUUAUGUCCCUGACUGGAUUGCAUAGAGUGUCUUGCAACAACCAUGAUAGCUAUUAGGUUCUGCCGAAAUUACACCUUUUGAAGUGUUAAUUUGUCUAUUGGAAUACAAAUAGAAUAAAUUGAAAAAGAUAUCAGAUGCUAACUUUAAGUCUGUAUUAAAAUUCUAGUUCUGUCCAUCAUCUUGUUCUUUGAGAGCUUUCUGGCGGUUAGUUGCAUACAAAGGUGAGCGAGCUCCCCCUACUGAUGAAAAUCCACCAGACAGCUUUUGCUGCUGGGGAAACUGGAGGUGAAAAUUGGGUUGCUGAGACCAUGUAAAUUCAAGACAGUCUUAUCCACCAGUGGGACUUUUUUGUUAGACCAUAGUUAGCUUCUUAAUCUUUGAAAGUAAACUAACAAUAAUAAAAGGUAUUCAAAACAUUUUAAUCCCUCAUCUACAGUAGAAAACAGUAGAACAUCUCUUACUCAUUGUUCUGUGUUUGUGUUAUUGUCACAUGGUGCUCUGUAAACCUGCAGAAUUACUGUAAUACUGUCUUAGAAAAUACAGUGCAGCUCUUUAAUUGCAUUCCUGUGGCUCUCUUCAUCCCACAGAUUCACAGUUUACAUAUAAGGCACAAAGGACAAGAGUUAGAGGGUCAGCACUUGGAGUGAAGCUGUGAGAGGGUCAGUGAAGGGAUCUGACUGAAGGUAAAGGAUAAAAAAGACACCAGACAAGCUAAGCACAAGAUCUUGCACACGAGUGGCAUCUGUGUACAGCACUGCCUCAUGCAGAGGACAUCUCAGUGGUUACAGCUCUCCCUGGUUCCUUACAAGCUGGCUGCUCUCUCUGUGAACUGUGUCAGUGGGCAGAGGAGCUGUUCCACGUGGUCCUGCAGGCCUGCUUUGCCCAAGAGGUUUCUUUGGCAGAAAAAAACAAUCUUUUCCACCAUGAGCCCCCCCAACCAGCCCCUGGGCUCCAGUGGAGGGACCUGUCUCCAGCUGCACCUGCAGCACACCAGCCAUCCUGGCGCGAGGGGGGAAGACAGGAGCCGUGGCUGUCGAGGCAGUGAGGCUUUGUGAGUCUGCUACUGAUUCCAGUUCAGUGCCAUAGUGAAGGUGCUGUCACACCAGAAAGGACAGGAAGAGGAGGAGAGGUGAGUUUCAACUCAGAAGAAAAUGAGCCAGCAAAGAAGGGUGUGAUACGUUUGGAAACAGUGAGGUAGAGAAGAAGACUGAGGAUUCGACUGAGUGAUCCCCAGCUGUGAGGUUUCCAGGGUCUUCUAGGGCUCACGGGCUAAUCUGUGUCUAUGAGGGACUGGCCAGCAGCCCUGUCUGAGAAGUCAGGAUCUCUAGCUCUCCAUGUGCUGAACCUGUACCACCCUGCCAGUCCCCCCUGCUGCCUCGCCCCGCUCUACCGAGCCUCACUCGGCUGCCCUCUCUGGCUGAGACCCCCAGUGUGGCUCCGGGCCUCGUCUCUGGCUGGAAGGAGGAUGGGUGAUGGGCCAGUGAGCCUCAGUGUUUGGUCCCUUCGUUUCUGUCACCGAUGGAGCCUACAGCAUCCAGCACCCCUUGGGCCUCGAGGAACGCCUCCCAGACUGACCUGCUCUUCCAGAACUCCCAGCGCCUCCUGGUGCAUCCCAGCAACGCCAGCUUGGUCCCCGCCGAAGGCAGCGUGGUGUCCCAGUCCGUAGCGCUCUUUUUCAUGCUCCUCGUCGACCUGCUGGCCGUCGUCGGCAACAUGGCGGUCAUGGCGGUGAUCGCGAAGACGCCCCAGCUGCGGAAAUUCGCCUUCGUGUUCCAUUUGUGUCUGGUGGAUCUCCUGGCCGCCCUGAUCCUGAUGCCUCUGGGCAUGCUGUCCGACCGGGCAUUCUUCAGUGAGGCGCUGUGCCGCGGCUACCUCUUCCUGAGCAUCUGUUUCAUCAGCGCCUCCAUCCUCUCCAUAUCGGCCAUCAACAUCGAGCGCUACUACUACAUCGUCCACCCCAUGCGCUAUGAGGUCAAGAUGACCAUGGGCCUGGUGGCGUCCGUGCUGGUUUGCGUCUGGAUCAAAGCCAUCAUCAUGUCCGUUGUGCCCAUGCUGGGUUGGGCCUCCCAAGAGGUCAGCCCCUUCCAAGAUGGCGGAGGAGGUGGCCCGGUCUCCGGACCCAGACACUGCUCCCUUCACUGGACGGGCGGGGGCUCCAACCGCAAGGUCUUUGUUAUUUUUUUCACACUCUUCUACUUCCUCUGCCCGGUCCUCAUCAUCCUGGUGGUGUACUGCAGCAUGUUCAAAGUGGCCCGGGUGGCCGCCAUGCACCACGGGCCCUUGCCCACCUGGAUGGAUACGCCCCGGCAGAGGUCGGAGUCCCUCAGCAGCCGCUCCACCAUGGUCACCAGUUCUGGUGCUCCGCGGACCACCCCACAGCGGGCUUUUGGAGGGGGCAAGGCCGCCAUGGUGCUGGUGGCAGUCGGGGGGCAGUUCCUUUUCUGCUGGCUGCCUUACUUCUCCUUCCACUUGUACUCCGUCCUGGCGGCCGCCCAGCCUGCCUCUGCCGCCCAGCUGGAGAGCAUCGUCACCUGGAUCGGCUACUUCUGCUUCACCUCCAACCCCUUCUUCUACGGCUGCCUGAACCGGCAGAUCCGGGAGGAGCUGGGGAAGCACCUCACCUGCUUCUUCAAGCACGCCACGGAGGAGGAUCUCCGCUUGCCCAGCCAGGAGGGCUCCAUCGAGGAGAACUUCCUGCAGUUCCUGCAGGGCACCGGGUGCAACCUCGAGGCCCGCCACUCCCACACCACCUCCAGCCCCAAGCGGGACCAGUGCCACUCCACGCUGCAGCAGCAGCAGGCGGCCAUCGAUUUUCGGAUACCAGGCCAAAUCGUGGAGGAGACCUCGGAGUUCCUGGAGCAGCACCAUCUCAACAGUGACCUUACCAUAUCGGACAACUGCAUAAGACCCGUGCCGUCUCCCAAGGCCGAGGUGUUGUAGCCGAUGACCGAUGAUGGUGCAUUUCAAUUUUGCGUGUUUUUCUUUCGUUCUGGUUAUUGUUUCCUGGUGUGUGUCGGGUUUGUGGGGAGAUGGGGGAGAGGAGAGCAGGGCUGGGACUGGAUGGGGCAUGGGGGUGGGGUGGGGUGUUUAAUAAUGCCUUUGAGGAACCUCAGUUUGAUGUUGGAUGACCGUGGGCCUGCUCCUCUGUUUUAAGUCGGGUAUUCCCAAUUCUGGUCUGAAAGGGGCUUUUCAAGGAGCAGAAUCCCUCCUCAAGCUGGGUCGCUGGGAGUGUGUACCAUGACCUUUUCCAGCCUGCUCUGUUCUGAAGCCCACGUUGUGUAUUUCAGUUUUCUGUUUUCUGGCUUUGGAGUCCGCAAGGAUUGUAAAUUCUGUUCUUUUCCUUGGUUCUACUUUCUGAAGGUGUGUCUAGCAAUGGGCAUUAUUUUAAAGUAAAAUCUUACAUUCCCUUUUUUUAAAAAAGAAAACAGAGAAAUCUUCCCUUUUUUAAAGAAUAUUUUUUUUUGCACCUGACAAUCCAAGUUAGCUUUAGCGUGUGGUAAAAUGCAGAGAAUCUUUGGCUUGAUGGCCUACAGUCUGACCUGUUACCUCUUUUACUGAUGAUAUACUUUUGUCUGUUUUUUUUUUUUGGAGGGGGGGUGUGCUUUGUUUUAAGGUACUAAGCAUCUGGUUAAAAAUGGAAAAAACAUAACUCAUUUUUUUGCUAUGGCUCACUAAAUAGUGCAAGGUCAAAAUCAUGUAUUUUUGUUCAAAGAAAUUUAAAUAGUCCUGAAGCUUUUGAAAAAGUUGUUCAUUCAUAUUCUGGCUUUUGUUUUACUGUUCUAAUGUUGUAUUCUUCCUUCAAACAAAAUGUCUUUGUCUUUGUGUUACUAACCUGUCAUGAGACCACAUGUCCUAUUAGUUGUACAGGUCCCAGCUGGUCCCUGUCCUCACCUGUCUGGACACACAGGGGGCGCCAAUGGUACUGUCAGCAUUUUGACACCCAACUCAUCACGUUUAUUUAGAGACGAUUCUUCACCCAAUGUGUCAAGUCUUCAGUCUUGAGAAAUAUAUUAUUUGAAACAUGAAAUUUGAUUAAACAUAGGAAGCAUAUUUAUUUAUCUUGUGAAGCAAAAAAAAUAAAAAAACAGUAAGUGAG